AUGGAUUCACGGGAGUCAGCAUUCUUGGAUCCGUCCUCCGCAAUGGCGGCCAUCACCAAACACAAGGUGGAUGCAAUCAAGCUAGCCCGCGAGCAGGGUAUGGCUGUUCGAGAGAUGUGCCGCCGCGCGAAAACUGAAGUCCCGGAAUAUGAAUUUGAAGAGCUGAUUGGCAAAGGUGCUUAUGGCCGUGUCUAUAAGGGGCACCAGACAUCCUCAGGCCGAGUUGUUGCUAUCAAAGUUAUGGAUAUCGAUUCGUUAGACUACAACGCAUUUCGAGAUCAAAAGGAUGAGUCUAUCAAAGAAUUCAUCCACGAAACCACAGUCAUGAAGCAAGUGAAAGAUUCCGGAGCUCAAAAUAUCAACGAGCUCAUUGAAGCGAUCUCAAUCCACUCUCAGUUGUGGUUGGUUUGUGAAUAUUGCCCUGGUGGCAGUGUACGUACAUUGAUGCGCGCAACGAAUGACAAGCUUGACGAAAAAUACAUCAUCCCAAUCGCUCGUGAGUUGGCUGUCGGUCUUCGGGCUAUCCAUGGGGCUGGAAUCAUCCACCGCGACAUCAAAGCUGCAAAUGUUCUUGUCCAUGAAGAGGGGCAUCUCGAGAUCUGUGACUUCGGUGUUGCCGGUGUACUUCAGUCUCAGCGAGACAAGAGAUCAACAUGGAUUGGUACACCGCAUUUCAUGCCCCCUGAAAUGUAUGCCCCCCGAGCAGAGGCCCAUCGGUAUGGAAGUGAGGUUGAUGUAUGGGCAUAUGGGUGUACUUUAUUCGAGUUUGCCAAUGGAACACCACCCAACGCAGGCCUGCGUGACCGAAUGCACAUUGGCCGCCAGCUGACCCGUAAAACGCCGCAACUUGAAAAGGAUGGGUACAGCCAGGGCCUCAAGGACCUUAUUACUUUCGCCCUAGACCCGAAUCCGCAUACUCGCCCCACGAUGGAGGAUAUUCUCGCCCAUCCUUACAUUAUGGAUACCGAGGAGGAGUACCCCACUUCGUCUGUGCGUGAGUUGGUGAAGAAUUACUAUCAGUGGUCUCAGCGAGGUGGUCAGCGCCAGUCCUUGUUUCAGGCCGGCGGAGCAGCCGCAGCAGAACUUCCAGACGCGGAGGAAUCAAACGAUGACUGGAAUUUCAGCACGACAGAUGGAUUUGAAAGGAGAUUCUCUGUCAUUGACAUGGAUCAAAUUGCCGCCACAUUGGCUCAGAUGGAGGAGCCUCUCAGCCCUACCAGCCAGUCACCCGAACCCGAUAUGAAUGAAGAGUUCUCGGAGGAUGCACUCAGCCCUGAAGACAAACUAAACUUCGAUGAACGCGUGCGCCGUGGUGCUGAGGCUAUGGAAGGACUGUUUGACGAAGAGAAACCGAGUUACAAAUACGAAACCAAGAGGGACUUUGUUCCGCUUGAGGUGGCACAGCCCACAUCGGAUCUACCUCUCCGCUCCGAGACAGAUCGUUCCUCCGUCACAUCAACAUUCCUCGAUAUCGAUAUCGGAUCAUUCGAGGCUUCACACUACGCGGCAGGCGCUCCAGCCGCGCAGCCAUUCCAGCUAGUUGAUGCCAACACAAUCCGCGCAACUCGUUCAAGCAUUCGACCGCACAGGAACUCUAACGAUGAUAGUCCCAGGUCUUCUGAUGAUAGUGUUGGCGACAACUCUAGCUACACCACAGCCUUUGAGGAUACAUUUGUUCCUUCUGGUCCACGACCCCCAACGAUGGACUGGAAAUUCCCGUCGUUUGGGCCUCCAGAAGAUACUCCACCAGAGGAGGAAGAGUCGCCUACACAACCACCCGCUGAGGAGGACACUAUUCGAGCUGAAAAGCGCGCCACCAUGCAAUGGACAUUCCCUGUCAUGGGAUCCGUCCCUGAAAGCCAAGCCUACGAAGAUCGACAUGACACUCUCCGAGCCCCACUUCCCACCCUAUCUGAGGCUGUUUCGAGCCCACCGCAGGCCAAUGAUGAGCCAGGUGAGGCUCGCCCUUCCACCUCGGCCUCUAACACAUCGGAUUCAGAUUUUAACAUUGCCGCUUCCAAUGAUUUGGACUAUGACCCCUUCCGAUUUGAUCGCCCUGGAACCCCACCGGGCACAUCAUCACUUCAACAUGCUCACUUCUGGGACACAAAGGUUCCGAUGAUGAUAAGACAUUCUGGCUACGGCGAAUACAAGGCUUCCGGGAUGCUCGAUGGCCCCGGGCCCGACGAAGAGGAUCAACCUGUAUGGAUAGAUUACCCUGGACCAUUUUCCCCCGAUGGUAGCAUGGCUCCCAGUACUGGCACGAUCCCUAGUACUGGCAAGACCAUCGAUAGUGCUAUGACCGUCGGUAGUUUCAAGACCGUUCUACCAACGGCCGGUUCAAGCCCCGGAACCCCUACUGCAUCCUCCGUAACCUCAGGGCCGGUAUCAGAGCCUGGGUCUCCUGUCUUCGACACCGUCCGGCAUCAUCGCGCCGAGUCUUACUCUGAACCCCCGAUGGAGCUUCCGCAUUUCCGAAAUGAUAGUUACAUUGACACCCACAUGGUGUCCCAAGGCGGGAAGGGCGCCAUCCUCUUCCCGUCCUUGAUCCCUCCAAGUUCUGCAAGCCUUACGGAGGGUGUUGAUGAUGGUGUGGUGGCCGCAGAAUUCGAUAGACUGUUGGCCGAUCUCCUGGAGUCCCUCGAGGCUACUGGUGAGGCUUUGGCGAGAUACGAGCCUCACCAGGAUGCCAACGGGGGACUCCAGGAUGUGGAGGAGACUCUCUAUGCGAUGUCUGCUCUUGAAUCCUCCGUGGUACCAGAGGAGGUACCUUUCUCGUCCAUCCCAUUUUCGCCUCCAACGAAUCACGAAGAGUGGAAGCUGGCUCUAGUCGAGGUGAAGUGGUUCUGUCUCAACCAGCAGUACAAGCUAUGCUAUUCUCGUUGCAAUCAGCUCAUUGAGACUGCAGUGGACCCGCUUAAUCCAAUCCGUGCCACCUACCUUCACUACUAUGCAGCGACAUCCUAUGAGUAUCUGGGACGAGCUGCUCACAUAUUCUCGAACGCGAAAGUUCCGCUACUGAUGUCUGCUGUGGAGAAUUUUGAAGCUUCCUUAGCUGCCUUGCCAGCUCUGCUUCCACAACCAGUGUUGAAUCCUGAUCGGAGUUAUUCUCCCUUGAGUGAUAAUCCAUAUUCGCGAUCUCCAUCACCCCGAUCAACUCUGUCGCCCCUGGGCAGUGACUGGAGCCCGAGCCUGCCUACUCUCUGUGAUGAUGAUCCUCAACCCGAUACUGAGGUCAACUCACCUUCGUGCCGUAUUUGGAGCCCUCUGACCUAUUCGCCGGUCUUAGCUCCUUCACCCAGCACUCCGGUCAAGAAGACUUCCCACCAGCCUGACGGGCCGUUUCAGACUCCCAAGCGUUCUCGAACAGUAUGUCCCUGCUUUACUCCGUUAUCUGACAGUACAUCGGUUGCCACUGCGUUUUGUGUCACGCCUUCUCUUUCAUCUGGAAAAGUGUCACGCCCGGCUUAUGAUCCACGCACCGUGGUUUUUGACAUACCACCCCCUGUGCGUGCUCCUCCCCCUCCUCCCCAUGAGGAGCCGUCUAGUCCGUCCGUCGCAGAUAAAUUGGUCGCUUUUGACAGCGAAGACAAUGGGUUUCGGGUUGGAGGCAAUAUCGUUAGGAACAUCGCCCGCAUGAUCAACAACUCGACUCUGGACGAGUCUAACGACCCCUUUAUGUCGUCCAGCGAGCAAGAGCAAGAGCAACAGCUAACUCUCCGACUUCCCAUGCGCCCUCCGGUACGGUUGUCUCCCAUCAAGUUCCCGGCUGAGUUUCAAGAUACGGCAAAGCAAAUGAAACUCCUGCCAUCGCCGCUUCAAAUUCGGAAAACCUCUGGUGACGUUUUUAAAUGCGGUGGUCCUGGAGUUGUCAUUCGCAAGGGCUCAGAGGAACCAAAUCCUGAGGUUGAAACAACCGUAAAGCGGCCCAUUCGAUCUCGCCCUCCACGGCUGCCAUUGAAGAUCAUCCCAGCCAACAAUCAGACUGCUAACAAGGAAAAGACAGCACCUGUCCUAGCUCCCCAGCCAAAAUGUGUCAGCCCUGCAGCCUCUCCUUUGACGUCUAUGCUUCUGGCAACGCCUACCCCCGUCUUAAAGCCAAGUUCCUUCUCUACUCUCGACCCCCUCUUCCCUACACCUUCCCCUGAGCCUACAACAAGCUCACUGUCACCUUACUCCUCGCUAGAUUCACCUGAUGAAGCUGCCAUGGCCGCUCGCGCAGCUCACGUUACCCGAUUCAACGGGGCCUUAACAUGGCUCAGCGAGCACAUCCCCGAAGACUUGAACAAUCUCCGAAAGCAGAUUCAACAUGUUACCGACUUGCAAAAAGCCCGAAACGGCCGCAACCAGAAAAUGUCACGCUCUGUAUCAUUCUGGACAUUCAGCCCCGUCAAAGACAAGUCCAAAGCCGAGACCGAGGAAUCUGCUGUGGUGGAUGGUCCGAACAUCGAUGAAUACGGAAAUGUGUUGCGCGUCGAAACUAAGGCUCAACGGAUUGUGCGACUUCGUAAGGAAGGAUGGAGGAUUGGUAUUCGGUCUCAGCACAGUCUGUGGAAGGGGACUGAGUACUAUGACCGACUUUGUGAAACUGCGCUGGGUGAGCUGGGGGAUAGUCGUGGUUUGACUGUGGAGGGUCAUGCAUAUUUGAAAAAGUGGUGA